UGAGGCCCCCUACAUACGUGUUCCUUGAUGAAACUUCCCAGAUCGUUGGACUGUGAAGCUGGACCAAUUUCAUGGCUACAACGUUCUCCGGACGUCACACCACUCGACUUCUUUUUCUAGGGAUACCUGAAGAAUAGAGUGUGUGCCAGUGGCGUAGCAAGCAUAACUGGCACCCGGGGCAAGAUACCUUUUUGGCGCCUCCCUCUCCCCCCCCCAAGAAAAAACCACUUACGGAAUAAAAACCUGAUACUUUGAAUCGUGAGUGUGAUCUCUGUUUGAUGAUAAGACGUCACCCUCACAACUAUGGGGGCUCCAAGCCGGCGAACUUCAAAAAAGGAAACUCCAAUCUUGUUGCGACUUGGACGACGACAUACUUUGGAUGUUGGUAAGCAAGCGGAGGAUAAGAACAGUCGGAAGUCAGCAUCUCGAACUGCAAGCGUCGACAGUCUUGACCAACAUAAUUUUUCUCAAAGAGCCCUGAACCCAACCGAAAAUGUGGCCUUUGAUGUCAAAGUCAACCAGAAGCCUCGAAAGCAUUUCUCUUCUGCAUCAACCAUCGUCAUUACGGAAAGCGAACUUUCCGCAUCUUGGUUAUAUAAAAACCGGAGAGAUGCAGCAGAGAAGAACAACGAAGCGUUCGAUGACAAACCUUUGGAUAACGAAAGACCAACAUUCAGUUCACCUGAACUAAACCCGGAAAUGCAAAACUUAGAACAAGGAAUAUUACAAGAUCCGAAGAUGAAACCUGUGGUCGUGCCCUUAAGUCGCCGAGAGAAAUUUUCUUCAUGUUGUUGUUAUUUCUUAAUUGCAGUGAUAAUAUGUCUUUGUUCUUUAGGAUUAAUAUCGGCAAUAGGUGGAAUCAUUUACAUGGAACUAUUUACCACUUACAAUGAAACACACCUUCUUACUCAGACACAGUCACCUAAUUUGUCACCAUUUGCUUCUGAUGACUAUUUGAAAACAAGUCAAGAAACUCCUUCAUCAACAAACCAAGUAAAUGAUUUAACUGAAGGCGAGUUAUCUGUAACUGAGCCAGAAGAGGACAAUGUUUGGAAUAUUUACAGAAUUUUCAUGCCACGAGCAAGAAAUGGUAAAGCUUUAAAUAAAGAAGAUUCUUUCAGCAGAAAUCAUCAGAAUAGUGACAGCACAGAAAAAAAUGGAAAUGAUCCCUUAACUUCAUUAAGGGGUUUCUUUACAAGACUCAUUGGUGAAUCACUACGUAAUAGUUUAAAUGAAACUGAAGAAGCGGGUGUUACUCGAAACGAUAGACAGAGCAAAAAUGAAUCCGAAGGUCGAAGUUCAAAUAAUUCAAAAUCAGAUCUAUUAAAUGAAGCAGAAGGCUCACUCUAUCCAUUUGGAGAGAAAGGAGCUUUCAAAUCAGACGAUCAUGUAGGAAUUAAAGAAAACUUAAUUUCUGGAUUAGGUUCCUUACCCGAAGCUACAAAAGCUUCAAAUGAUUUUGCUUUUGAUAGGAGAAGCGGAUUUAUUAAAAUCCUAAAUAAAAGUGAAUUAAGAGCUGUUGAAGAAAUGUCUCAUUCCUCAAAGAAUUAUUUAGAAGAUUUACAGAUGGCUGAGAGGCCAAAUGUACAACAAAAAGACGAAGUCUAUUCUGUUGAUAUCAAUUCUCCGGAAAAGGGGAUGGCUUCAAAACAUUUUAAUGAAAGUAUUACUGCUGAUUUGUAUUAUGAUAUGAACCAAAAAUAUAUUGUAUUACCAACUGAAAAUGUGAUUCCCGUUGUAACACCAGCUGGCAUUCUCAUUCCAGAAGCUGACAAAUAUAAGGAGCACAUGAAAGAUUUUGAACUUCAUAACCCGGAUGUGAAAUACAGCUUUCAGAAAGAUAAGCUCACAGGCCCUGUACUUGAAAUUAAUAUUCCUUUACCUUCUGAGUUUCUCAAGCGUUUGAAAUUAGAGAUUGAAAGUACUACACCUUCUAUUCCUCUAAGCCCCUUAAGACCUACUGACAUAAAAUCUUCCUUAGCUGAAGUACUAAAACAUUUACAGAUACUUGAUAAGAAUAACAAACUUCCAUCAUCACGAAAGAAAAAUUUUAAUUCUUCAGGAACGAAGCCGUUUUCAUUCAGUAAAAGCCACGAAACUCGAAGACAAGAUGUAGCGAUUGAGCGUAGUCUUUAUUUACAAAAGUUAAGAACAAUUAUGUUCGAUAAAUGAGACUCGAUGGAAAAGGUUUUAAUUUUAUAUUUUAAUUGCUGUACGUAACUAUUUUUUACAAUUAGAAAAAUUAUAUUUUAAUAAAUUUUAUUUUAAUUACAUAAAUAUUUUAAAGAAAAAUUUUUAAUGUAUU